AUGCGUCUAGUUUGGCUUGCCCCGUCUUCCAUGUGGUCCUUCACGACUCGUUUAUCAAUCUUGAUGUCCGAGACGCUACACUAUAAGUAUCCGGAGAGUGCUCCGACUCUGGUGGAGAAGGAAGUAUACCCCCUCCGAUGGGAUCAUUGUGCAACUAAAGACCGCCCUGACAUAACUGGCCUACCGUCUCUCGACUACGCCUUGUAUCUUUUCGACACUGUCAAGUUUCAUCUCGGUCAAAGCUAUCGGUUUUUUGACGAAGAGAAAUUUCUCCAAAAUGUCCAUGAGUUUUACCAUGGAGAUCCUUUAAGCAUGGCGAGUGAGCAGCGACUUUGGUUUAUACAGUAUCUAUUAGUCCUCUCGUUCGGAUCGGCUUUUUUAUGCCGCACGAAGAGUGACGAUCCACCAGGCUCAUACUUCUUCGUUCGGGCUAUGUCCCUGAUGCCCGAUCAUGCAUCCCUAUGGAAGAAUAGUCUGCUAGCGAUCGAAGUACUUGCUUUGGCUGCCCUGUAUCUUUACUCGAUCGAUCAAAGGGAGUCCGCAUACAUUUACCUUGGUCAGGCGAUGCGUAUAGCGCAGUAUGAGGGACUUCAUACCCAACUUUCAGAAGAGCAGCUCGGCACUGAUGUCGUAGCCCGGUGUCGCAAUCUCUGGUGGACCCUUUAUAUCAUGGACCGCCAUUUUUCAUACUCUGUAGGACUUCCGAUGUCUGCACAAGACAGCGACAUUACCACUCCUAUCGAGCCUUGUACUACUUCCCAUCGAGAUGUGGCUCUGAGUCUUCAAGUGAAGUUAUCACACUUAUUGUCAACCAUUCUCACAAGUGAGUCCUGCCUGAGUAUCUAUUCACAUGCAACCAACCCGCUUACUGUUGAGGCAGCCGUUUACAAGGCAGAGAAAACACAGGUAAAUGUUUUCCUGGACGCGACAAGAUCAAUUUUGCAGAGACUGGCUGGACACGCCCAAGAAGUCGAGGGGAUCAUACAUGCAACAUUCCGUAAUUCAGUCGAUUCAAUGCCUCGAGGCACGAGACAUAUUACGUUACUAUACCAUCAGUGUGUAAUUGUUGCCACGCGCCCUCUUCUCCUCUCAGCUCUCAUGGAGCGACUGCUUAAACUAAGCGGCAACAGUUGGGAUGUUGGGGAUACCUUGGAUCUCACAAAAACUUUGAUAACCACAGGAAUCAAGUCCGCCUCGAAAACACUUCGAAUUUUGUCCCAUAGCGACAGUCUCCUCGAGGUCUUUCUGCUCUACAACCUUGAGUUUACUUAUGCAGCCGCGAUUCAUCUUGCAAUGGCAAAUGCAUUAUUUCCGGAGGCUCUCAAUGGCCAGGCUUCAGUCAACGAAGCCCAUGCUAUUUUAGAUCAGAUGAUCGCCAACGGCAACAAGAUAGCCAUGGUUCGGAAAGACGAACUGGCCUAUGUUGAAAAUUUAUUCUUGGAGGUAGCAGCUCGAGCAGAGUCAAACGGUCUCCAGCCACUUUCCCUGUCCACUGCGGUUGAUGAAGAGUCCGGGCCCGCUCAUAAUAUCAGGUCAGCCAUUGAAGGAGAGAAAAUUAUGAAUCAGAAGUCUGUGGAUGAGUUACUAUCAGGUGAUCUUCUUCACCCUGAGUAUCCUCCCUCGCCAUGCACUGCAGAUUUCCCAAUGCCGAGUACUGAGCUACUUGAUGACAUCGGGAUUUCUUCAGCCGAGUUUCUCGCGAUUGUGGAUCAGAUCGGGAAUCCAGAAAAUUCUUAUUCUGUUCUUGAUUUGAGAAACGAACACGGAAUAUUUUGA